UCGGCUUUGCAGCGCAGACUCUUUUGACGAUGAGACUACGGCGAGAAACUUUGUCACGUGGUGUCACUGAAAUGUAUGCUCAGUUGGUUUUUGCUGUGGUGCUCGAACGCCUAUUCUUCGGAGUUAUAUCGUUUUUACUGUCAGUUCUUGGUGCCGCUGUCAUCAUGUCUUCUUCUCUAUGUCAUCAUGAAAAAAAAAAAACAGAAGCAUCAUCAAGACAGUGCCGCUGACAAUACUGCAAUAUAACUUUGUGUGCCCUUGCCCACCAUUGAUGUCUUGCACUCUUUAAAAAAUACUUCAGCAGUUGUAUAUACCACGACCAUUGUCAUGUUUCUCAUUCAAGUUUCACUAUCUGCAAUUUACAAAACAUGAAUGUGCA